CCCUCUCCUGUAUUUUUAGCUGAGCCAGCCACUUCAUUUGUUGGAUUAGACAGACAGCUGUGUACCGUAUGAUCUCACUUCUUCGUCCUAAUAUAUCAAAUCGUAUACUGCGGAUUUGUAAAAGGGCCUGCAGCCAGCUGUUACCUGGCAAUGCCACACAGACUGGACAUUUGUCCCAUCGCUGUCGGAUGCUGAAACGCGCAAUCAGCCUGUGGAUGCUUGAUGUCCAUUAUGAAACGCUAUUCUGCACUGGGUACCGAGCAAUAGGCGCUGCGUUUCUCACAUCAAAUGAAUCAGAAGAAAUCAAAUUGAACUGCAAGAUUCUCCUUCGGUGCACGGUGGUCCAGCAUCUUUCUCCUCAGCCUCCUGACUUCUCUUGGAUUGUGGAUCACAAGAAGCCUUCAAGACGGAGGGGGUGGUGGAGCAUCGAGGGAAAAAUAGGGGCAAUAUGAGGGAGCGGGACUUCAUGCCCAAUAUGGAGAGGGGUAAACCUGCUACUUACACGGGGGACAAAAAGGCUAAGAUGGCUGCUAAGACGAACAAGAAGUGGGUGAGACUAGCUACUGUUUUUGCAUAUGUUUUGUCCGUGUCUUUAGCAGCCAUUAUCCUGGCUAUUUAUUACAGCCUGAUCUGGAAACCGACCAGUGCAUCCUCUUCUGCGGGGAAGCCGACAGUGCCUGAGGAGGUCACCCCCACCGCAAACAUCUCAACUAAUAUUUCCUCAAGCCACAACGUCUCAGAGUGGAACUCUACACAGACAGGGCUGCUAUCUCUGAACCAGAGUAGGCAGGGCACAACCAACCCGCACAGUCAGCCGUUUCAGUGGGACAACAGAGCCGAGAGUGGGUCCGUGUCUCCGCGCGGUGCCGGAGCGGAAACAGCGCGCACGCAGCAGCAGCAGCAGCAGCAGCAGCAGCGGCAGGAAGAAGAACGGUACGCGUCUUCCCACGGUCACACAAGCGCGGAGAGAUCGGUGAGAGAGACACAAGGGUUUCAACCCGGAAAGAGCCACUAUGUCCAGUCCACGAACAGGGAGUCUGGACUGGAGGAGGAGGAGGAGGAGGAGGAGGAGAGGGGGGCGCACAGACGGAGCGACGGGGGAAAUGACCAACGCGAUCCAGAUGUCACCGGUCCUCCAUCCUCCGCACCGGGCCUGAGAGACGACUGAUCAGGCCUCUUGGACAUCGCAGACACUCUCUCACACACACACAAUCUGCCCCAACAAGGAGUGUUUACAGACUUAAUGCCGCAGGUCGGAUAACACACAGCUCCUCUUCUUACAACUCGUUUUGCAGAGCCUCUUAUGGAUGCUGAGCUGCACGUAUGAACAGAAAUCUGCACACCAUGACUUAAAAAAAAAAAAAAAGAGGAGACCUCGCAAUCUUCACGUCCCCCCUUUCAAUACUAAUGCUGUUUUGUUUUAGGCCAUAUUUAUGCCUUAAAUCAAUGUGUGUCUACUCUAUACCUCGGACAGCUGAGGCCAAUAACCUGCCUGUAUCCGUGGACAAACCUGGCAUAGAUAUUUUGUUAAAUUAAAGACACAGGCUCCAGAGAUGCUUUUGUCCAUGCAGGAUAUACAAAUAUCUCAAAGGCACUCAGCGCUUAACAUCACUGCCAUUCAUCGGCUGGUCUCAAUCAGUUCUGAGUUAUUGCAUUUUUAACAUGUAGGCUGUGUUUUUCUGUCAUGGAUCAAACCUGGAUUCGAGUAGAAGAACCUGCAUUAUUGAGUUAUGCUCAGGUAUGUGCAUAUAACCAUGUAAAUGUACUGUGAUUUGGACAUGUACAAAUAGCGCAGGCAUACAUCUUUUUUGGCCUAUAGAUGAACUCUUAGUGUAAUUAGAUGAUUUUUAUUAACGGUACAGUAUGUAUAAUAUAGCUAUAACUAUAUCACAAGCUACAAAUAAACAUCCGCAGAAAAAGAUUCAUUUUUAUGGUUUUAUAAUAGAUCUAUGUAAAUCAUGAAUUAACCGCUGAUAUUAUCCUGUGUGUUCAUGAUAUUUUAUUUAUUCAGAGACAGAAUGGAUGAUAUAUAUUCAAAUAAAUGUUAGGUUUUUCCUAACAUCUGAAAUUUCA